AUGACUGACUACUAUGGACCCCCGUUCUACCCCGGUAGAGUCUUCCUCGGUACCAAGGCAGGCACUCGCGUGUGGGCCUAUCUGCGCAGGAUAAAGAGUGACCAUAAAGCGAUGAGGGAAGUUCACUACGACGACGACUGCGGCGGCGACGAAAAGGGCCAUACAUCUUUUGCGCAGUCUCAUUUCGUACCAUGGUGUCGCCUUGUCGCAGAUGAUGUGUGUCUUAUUGGUACUUCAGCUUGGGAGGAGCGAUUGAAGAUAGUGAUCAAGAUCGUCAUGUUGGAGGCUGGCUACUCUGAAGCCACAGUGUCUCUUAUACCCGCCGAUCUACUUAAAUCAAUACGAAAAGAUGUCGAGAAGGGUCAGGGAAACGUACCGCAAGCAGCUAGGCCAACUAUACAAUGGUCUGCGGGUCAUAUCGCAGCUCCUUCUGCAUUGGAUUCCGCCCUCGAUCACACUGGAGAGGUUAAGGACAGUACCGCACUUGAUAUGUCGAAGUCUAGACCGCACAGGACUACAGCGACACACUACAUCAAGUGGCGCAUGCGAUUCUUCGAUGGCAAUCUAUUCGAGGUCGAGCUACCCGAGACACUAGACGGCGCCGUGGAGUUUGCGCCUACCUUUCAGCUACUCACCGAGAGCAAAGACACGGUUGGGCCAUCCAAAGUUGGCUUGCUAGGAUUCGACGAUGAGGGCUUUGUAACUCGGGGAGACGCACGAUCCAAGGAGCUGGUCGCAGUGAUCAAGAAGGCGUGGGCACGACUACGACGGACACUACAAGGAGAUGGACGGGAAGAAGCUUUGCCACCACGAUACCGAAAGUCGCGAAAGACCCGUACAGCAGACGCCUCUGCUGUAGACGCUGCAGCGCAUGGACAAGAACGAAGGCCUACAGACACCCAGCCUAGCAACGACGAACAGCAAGCAAAUUCGCCCACGGGCGAUCUCAUCCAAGAUCUCAUCGAGUUAUCCGAAGACAAAGACGACAUCAUGGAAACAGGCUACCAGCUCCGCACAUCCAGUCCAUGGCCCACUUUUCCGAAGCACGAGCUCUUCACCCCAGCGCCCAUCUCUUCCGCUAUUAAUAAGAAACAAAAGAUCGCGUCGUCUAACCGCACGUCCCUGCUCGACUUCAUUAAUCUGACUACCAAAAUCAACGCCGCGGAUACUCCUGCGCUUGAGGAACAGGUCCGCGCAUUGACCGAAGCCAAGAUCUCUUUGGAAAACACUGUCAGCGAUGUGAAAGCACAGAUCAAUGAUUACAAGACGAAAAAUCAGGAGUUGGAAGUGUUCAAGGCCAAGCGUGUUGAGCACUGUCAAGCUGUGAUACUCAAUAUGCUGACGCAGAGGAUCGUAAGGAACGGUAGUGACGAGGUGAAUGCGGAAAAAGAUGCGAAGGCAGAGUAUACUCAGGUCUACGGUCUUCCAAUUGUGGAAGACAUUAGAGGAACUUGGAAGAAAGUCCUGUUGAUUAUGUGGGUGUAA